AUGGAUUCAAAUACGCCUAAAAAGAGACCUUUGGAAGAGGUUUCCCCCAACGUUUUGUACUCCCCUCCGAAAAGGCGAGCGUCAUUUGGAUUUGAAAUGGCCAGCAUCCCAACAACCUCUAUAACAAACGAGCACAAUCAAUCAAGCAAGGUUUCCAAACUCCCCAAGCCUUUCACUGCAGCAAACUCUAACUCCAACCAGUUGUCCUACUUGAAUGAUUUUCAAAGCAUACUAUCUAUGCAAGAGAGACUAUCGAGGAAACCACCAUUGACCAUAUCAGCCCCAUUCGAUUAUAAAUCAACCAUAUCGCAUGUUGGUUCAAACGAGCUACAAGAUACUCUUUCUUCACUUAACCAAGAAUGCCGAGAAAAGCACCGGAAAUUAGAGUAUCUUACUGAUGAAUUGAACAGAUUGCGUAGGAUAUAUCGCAAUUAUCAGCAAAAGGUUGAAACCACAACAAGUGAGAUACACAACGUGCAAGCGAGCUUGGAAUAUAUGGAGGAGGAGAUUGUCAAUCAUGUUGGUAACGAAGAAAAGCUAAUUGAAAUCAAAUUGAAUGAAAAUAGAAUAAAGUUGGAUAACCAAUUUACCGAGAUUGAAUUCGAAAUGGCAAGUGAAGUACAAGAGGUGAGGAACUUUGAUUAUACAGAAUUGGUUGAUAAAAUUGAUGCAUUGAAACAAGCUGAACUGAAAUUGAUGGAGGAAAUUAAACAGCAACUGGCAGCCAAUGAUGAAAAGUAUAAUGCCGAAGUUGAUAAAUUGAAAAAACUGCUUGAAGAUGAAAUUAAAGAGGCGCAACAAGAGGAAAAUGAGAGCAAGUUGGUGUUAGAGCAGUUGUUGAAAGAUCUAGAGAAGAUAACCGCAGAUUAUCGAUCAAAGUUGUCUGAAUUUGAAACACAGAGUCGACAAAUCGAAGGACUAAAGCUCCAAAUCACAAAUAUUGAGGAAACGAUGAACAAUUAUGUCAACGUUAAGAAAGAAACAGAGCUGGAACUAUCUAAUGUCAAACGGAUAUUGGAUGAGAAAGUUGCACAGGACAAAAUCGAGCAACAAGAGUUUGAUACUGUUUACCUCGAAUACAGCUCUUUACACGACAAGGUUAAGAAGCAUGAUGACCAUCGAAGGAUUUUAGAAAAUUCAAUAAUGGAAUAUCAAGGUAAAAUUAGGGUAUAUGCGAUAGCAAAAGCGGACGAAUAUGAAAAUUGCUUUAGCAAAUGCUUCCAAGAGGAUACACCAUCUUCUUUCAUAGUGGAAGAAUUUUCCCAUUUCGUAAAAACAGUGAUUCGCGGAACCAAUGUCAGUAUUAUAAGUCAAUAUUUACCCGGUGGUACCAUAAUUUGUCAAACAAUGAAUCAAUUACUACAUAUCCAAAACCAGCCAUCAACGUGGCAAUUUCAAUUUGAAUACCAAGCAGUGGAAAUCAACCAAUCUAUAGAUUUAUUAACAGGCUCGAAACUCACCCAGUCGAGCUUAUUUCAAAGUCAAAAGAUGCGUAUUGAUGAACCCAGUCGAGUUGGUGGUAUCAUAAAUGGAUUUGAUGUGAAUAAAGAUGUAAUUGUGCAUGUAAUCACAGUCAAUGGUGUUAAGGAGAAAAAACAGUUUGAAAGUCGGCUAGUUUUAGUUGAUAUUUCCAAAGUUGAUUCUAACGAGCAGAUGAAUAUCAUUCAAAAAUUGUUACGCAACGACAAACUGACAUACUUGGAUAGAGUACUAGAAUGGAUUUCCAAAAGGAGUAAUCCUUUAGUUGUUUCUAAAAUCAACGAUUUAAAUGCAUUUAAUCUAUUAAAAACAAUCAAUUUAACCAACGUUGCAUCCAAGAAGAAAUAA